AUGUCCCUCCUACUAUUCUUUCUUUCCCUGGUCCUCGCUCUGGCUCAGCUUCCCCCAGUCUCUAUCUACAACAUCACCAUCCCCAGCGCCCCGUCCCCCAACCUCAGUCUCGCAACCUUCACCACCCCCUCCACCCUCCUCUCGAUCCUCUCCAAACCUAAAGUCCACCCCAUCAACACCACCGUCUUCGACUGGUGGUACUUUGACGCUGUCUCUUCCUCGAAUCCAAAUGUCUCUGUCGUGAUCACCCUAUUCACCAGCACACCUACCGCAUUCCCGUUCCUCCCGUCCAGAAAUCCCUCAUCCGUCCUCCUGUCCUACAUCUGGAUCUCCCUUGCAAAUGGGACGAGCUACGCCGCCUACACGAAUGCAUCCCUAGCGACGGUCGACGCAGUCUGUGGUGUUACCAGGGGGAUAUGGCACGGGAGCGGUGUUUCCUUUACUGGGUCUGAGGAGGGCGCGUACGAGAUUGUUAUUGACGGCGGGCUAGGGGUAACUGGGUCUAUGCGAUUAUCUUCUGUAGCGAACCCGCAUACACCCUGCGGCGACAACCGGUUGCGCUUAGGUGAUGCUGGCUCUACAGGUGCAGUUGGAAUCGGUUGGGCGAGUCUCCUCCCCGAUGCGGAGGCGAGUGUUGAUGUUUUGGUGGGUGGGGAGAGGGUACGCUUUACCGGGGUUGGGUAUCAUGAUAAGAACUGGUCAGAUGGACCAUUUGAGGCGGCGGUGCGGACGUGGUACUGGGGACGGGGCCGGGUAGGCCCGUUCUCUGUCGUCUGGUUUGAUAUGCUUCCUCUCGGGAACGGAGCAGAGGUGGUGAGCGGGUAUGUGGCUGUUGGGCGGGAGGUUAUCGUGUCUGGCUGUGAGGAGGGGGUUGUGUCUGUGCGGCCAUGGAAGAAUGGGAUGGCAGCUGCUUACCCGCCUGUCCUUGGGGAUGUGCCGGAUGGGUUCCGGGUGGUUUAUAGCGGUGGGAUGGAGGUGGAUGUCACUCUUGGGGCGAUGGUCGCUGGCGAUGGCAAGUACUAUGCGCGGUGGACGGGGACGAUGACUGCAAAGAUGGAGGGGGAGGUCUACGAGGGUGUGGGCAUAUUCGAGCAGUUUGUUAUGCAGUAA